AUGCAGGUCCGGGCGCCGCCCAGCGACCCCCGGAGCUACAAGGUGCUGCAGCUCGAGAACGGCCUUCAGGUGCUUUUGGCUUCAGACCCCACGGCCAGCACCUCUGCAGCGGCAUUGACUGUGCGGUGCGGAACGUUCCAGGACCCGAAGGAUACCUUGGGCCUGGCGCACUUCCACGAGCACAUGCUCUUCCUGGGUACCGAGAAGUUCCCCAAGGAAGACGAGUACAGUAAAUACCUCAGCGAGAACGGGGGCGACAGCAACGCGUUCACCAUGGCGGAGUUCACGACUUACUACUUCAAGGUGUCUUCUCCCCACUUGGGUGGAGCUUUGGAACGGUUCGCAGAGUUCUUCAUCAGCCCGACGUUUGAUCCGUCGGGGAUCGAACGGGAGAUGAAGGCGGUGGACUCGGAGAGCACCAACUACUCCACGGAGGAUGGCUGGCGCCUGCUGCAGGUGCUGAAGGCGACCUCUGCGGAUCAGCAUCCCUUCAAUCGCUUCGAAGUGGGCAACCUCACCACGCUGGGCGCGGAUGCACGGCGCCCCAAACCAGCAGCCAUGGCGGAGAAGCGCUCGGUGAUCAUGGUCACCGGCGGCACGGGCCUGGUUGGCAAAGCCAUCCAGAAGGUGGUCGAGCAGGAUGAGGAGGCCAAGGGCGAGAUUUGGGUCUUCCUGUCCUCCAAAGACGGGGACUUGGUGGACCGAAAGGCCACGGAGGCCAUCUUCGAGAAGCACAAGCCCACGCACAUCAUCCACUUGGCAGCAAGAGUGGGUGGGCUCUUUCACAACAUGGCUAAGAAGGUGGAGUUCUUCAGAGAGAACAUGCUGAUGAACGACAACAUCAUGGAGUGCUGUAGAAUAUACGGCGUCAAGAAGUUGGUCAGUUGCUUGUCCACGUGCAUUUUUCCGGACAAGACCACCUACCCCAUCGAUGAGACCAUGUUGCACGAUGGGCCUCCACACGGCUCGAACUUGGGCUACUCCAUUGCCAAGCGGAUGGUGGACUGCAUGAAUCACUGCUACAACGAAGAGUAUGGGUGCCAGUUCACCUCCCUCAUCCCGACCAAUGUGUAUGGACCACAUGACAACUUCAACAUCGAGAACGGCCAUGUCAUCCCUGGCUUGAUCCACAAGUGCUACUUGGCGAAGCAGCGGGGGGAGGACAUGGUGCUGUGGGGCUCCGGGAAGCCCAUGAGGCAGUUCAUUUUCUCCGAGGACCUUGCUCGACUCACCGUGUGGGUCCUGCGAGAAUACAAGGAAAUCGCGCCCAUCAUCCUGAGCGUGGGCGAGGAAGACGAAGUGUCCAUUAGUGACGUGGCGCAGAUGAUUUGCAAAGCCUCUGGCUUUGAGGGCAAGCUGGUCUACGACACCGCCAAGGCAGAUGGUCAGUUCAAGAAGACCGCGUCGAACCAGAAGCUGAGACGCUACCUGCCGGACUACAAGUUCAAGCCUAUCGCGGAGGGGAUCCAGGAGUCGGUGGAGUGGUUCGCUGCCAACUACGAAGCGGCCAGAAAGUGA